AUGGCGGAGGCCGAUACCGCCCUCAUUAUUCUUUUUGCGGCUGGGCCACCACAACCGCCGCACGCGAGCGCUGAGCCAGACUGGAAUAAAGAGCGCCUCUGCCCGGCAUCAGUAUGCUCGCAUCAGGGAAGAAACGCUGCAGUCACGAGCAGUCCUCUAAUGAAGAUGAUCUGCUUAAACACCUCGACGUAA